UUGUGCAGCAGUAUUUUGUUUCACAUCCUCACAUAUUUUCCUUCACUCUCCUCUGUGGUCAAAGGGUAAACUUUGGAUGGCUUUUAAGCUGCUGAAAAGUGGGAGGAAAGGUGUCAGUCCCCUCCAAGCGAAGGAGGCGGUCUCCUACUGGACCUUGAAUGUCACCAUACUGAGAGCAGAAACACAUCAGUCCAGAGAUUACUGGUCUGAAUCGGACUGCUAUGUCAUUCUCUCUCUCCCCACGGCAACGGCAAUAACCUACCGCACAGCAACUGUGUCAAACACUAACAACCCGCAGUGGGAUGAAACCUUUACCUUCAGGGUCCCCACCAAUGUCAAAAACAUUCUAGAGAUGCAGCUGUAUGAUGAGGACCCCAUGGCCCAGGAUGACCUGAUUGCCACUCUUCUGUUUGAUGUCAGGAACAUUACAGUCGGGAAGAAGGAGACCAAGGUCUUCACCAUAAACCCUGAGGAUGAAAAACUUCUCGUAGCGUUUGAGCUUCUUCAGAGAGAGGACCCCCCCUGUGAAUAUCUCACUAAUGGCAUCCUUGUGGCUGCCCCGUUCUCUGCACUGGAUAUUGAUGUUAACAAGCUACGCAGCAAUGACCAUACCAGGGACAAGGUGCUGAAACUGAGGGGUGCCUAUCAGGAGAAUCACACACUUAAUGCAAAGGAAACCCCAAAACUGCGUUUCUACAUCAACAGAGACUUGGAGACAGAACUAGGAGUGGCACCCUCUUAUGAAACCUUUGCUCCAUUGGAAACGUCUAUAAAACUCCAGCCACUACCAGAGGAACGAGCACGCAAAGUGUCCCUUGUUGUUAAUCAGGACACAGUGGAUUUAGACAUGGAAACAUAUAACGGCGAGGAGGAACGUCUUGCAGUACGUCUGGACGUUGACAUCCCAACUCAGGAGAAAGAGUAUCUGAAGAAGAGAAAAGUUGUAGUGGCACAGGCUUUGCAGAAGAUUUUAGGCCUUGGCUCUCCACCUGAAACAAAAAAGGUGCCGACCGUAGCAGUGGUGGCUUCCGGGGGAGGGGCCAGAGCAAUGGUAGGCCUGCUGGGUGGUCUGAGAGGCCUGAAGGAUAUAGGGGUCCUGGAUGCUGCCAGUUACAUCACUGGUGUUUCUGGAUCCACAUGGGCUAUGUCUACUCUGUAUCAGGAAGCUAACUGGUCAGAGGACAUAGACAGAAUCAUCUCAGCAACAAAGAAACAAAUGACCAAGAGCACCCUGAGUGCCUUCUCUCUUGAGAAACUGCAGUACUACAGUGAAGAAAUGGCUGAGAAAGAGCAAGAUGGUUACACUGUGUCACUCAUUGACAUGGUGGGCCUGAUCUUUGAGCAUAUUGUCUUUGGGAAGAAAAACACCAGUACCCUGUCUGCACAGCAGAGAGCAGUGAAGGACGGCCAAAACCCUUUACCCAUAUACACUGCUGUCAAUAUGAAAAAUGAAUUAAAGGGCUGUGAAUCUGAAGCUGAGUGGUGUGAGUUUACCCCCUACGAGGUAGGCAUCCCGAAGUAUGGGGCGUUUGUCCAAACUGAGGAUUUUGGGAGUCAGUUCUUCAUUGGUCAUAUCAUCAAGAAACUCCCAGAAGUCCGCAUCUCUUAUCUGAUGGGAAUAUGGAGCAGUGUAUUUUCUAUCAACAUCACCCAGCUAUGGUCGCAAGUUACCGGGUCCAAGCCUUCUUGGAGCCCUUGGCUUGGACCAGAUGUCAGCAGAACAGAUGUUGACACUGAAGCAUCAACUAAACCCCCCUCUUCCUUCUGUCCAGAUGCACAUCCAGAUGCCUUCCCAAACCAACUGACUCCCAGUGACUCCACCCUGGGUUUGGUUGAUGCUGGUCAUGCCAUCAAUAUUGGCUGUGUGCCUGUCCUGCGGCCAGAGAGAUAUGUGGAUGUCAUCAUCACUCUGAGUUACUCAUGGGACCCAGAGCACAUCUUCAAUGUCAUGGAGAGGACAGCUGCUUACUGUAAAGACCACGACAUCCCAUUUCCCAGGGCUGAUUUUGCCUGUCUGGAAAAAGAGCCUAAGAAGGAGGUCUACAUCUUCGAGGAUAUGGAGAAUCCCAGGGCCCCGAUAGUGGUUCAUUUCCCACUUGUCAAUGCCUCAUUCAAACACUACAAGCACCCUGGCGUGAAGCGUAAGUCUAAGGAAGAAAUGAAAGCUGGGGAGGUGGAUGUGAGCAGCAGCAACUCUCCGUACACCACCCAGAACAUGACCUACUCAAAAGAGGAUUAUGAGGCUCUCGUGGAGCUGACCGCUUACAACGUGUCAAACAACAAGGAGAGCAUCCUGCAAGCUUUGAGCAAGGCCCUGGACAGGAAGGCAUCCAAUAUAAAGAAAUAAACAGCAACAACAUCA